AUGGUCAAUCGUCCUCUCAUCCCCGGCGUUUACGUCCCAACCGUCGCCUUCUUUUCUGAAAACGAAGAUGUCGAUGUCCCCACCGUCGAGAAACACGCCGCCUACCUCGCAAAGUCCGGGGUCGCCGGUAUCGUGGUGCAGGGAAGCAACGGCGAGGCUGUUCACUUAGACCGCGAAGAACGCAAUCUCAUCACAGCCGCGACCCGUCGCGCCCUCGACUCCGUUGAUGCCACGUCAAUGCCUGUCAUCGUUGGCACAGGCGCCCCUUCCACCCGCGAAACAAUCAAUCUCAGCAAAGACGCCGCUGCGGCUGGCGGUGACUACGUCCUAGUUCUCCCUCCGAGCUACUACAAGGGUCUUGUCUCCUCCGCCGCUUUGCUCGACCACUUCCGUGCCGUCGCAGACGCCUCUCCAAUCCCAGUUCUCAUCUACAACUUCCCGGGUGCCUCUUCGGGGCUCGACCUCUCGUCAGACGACAUACUUGCCCUUUCGUCACACCCCAACAUCAUCGGUACGAAGCUUACCUGCGGGAACACGGGUAAGCUCACCCGUAUCGCGGCGCAAGCUGGAUCUUCGUUCAUCACAUUCGGCGGUUCGUGCGAUUUCACACUCCAAUCUCUUAUUGGUGGAGGUGCGGGUGUUAUCGCCGGUACUGCCAAUCUCAUCCCCCGCGCCUGUGUUCAGAUCAUUGAUCUCUACCGUGCGGGCCGUGUAGAGGAGGCCCAAAAGGUUCAGGCCAUCGUGGCCCGUGCGGACUGGCUUGCUAUAAAGGGUGGCUUUGUGGCUGUUAAGAGUGCCCUGCAGACAUACCGUGGAUACGGCGAGCAGCCACGCCGGCCGUGUGUUGCGCCUUCGUCAUCGGAGGCGGCGGCCUUGAAGGAGGCUUUCGGUGAGAGUGUGGAGUUGGAGAAAAAGCUGGAGGCGUCACAAUGA